GGGGCCCGGCCCCGCCUCCGCCCCGCCCCUAGCCCCGAGCCCGGCGCUGCCCGCAGCCCGCCGGCCCUUCCGCCUCACUCGGCGGCGCCGCGGAGCGGGACAAGACGGGCGCGGGCCAUGGAGCGCACGGCGGGCAAGGAGCUCGCCCUGGCGCCCGUGCAGGACUGGGGCGAGGAGACCGAGGACGGCGCGGUGUUCAGCGUCUCCCUGCGUCGGCAGCACAGCCAGCGUUCCAGGCCCGCAGCGGGGCCUGGGGACAGCCAGACCCCCAAGCCCUCUGUGGCGGACACCUUCCUGCAUUACCGCACCAGCAAGGUGCGGGCACUUCGGGCAGCAAGGCUGGAGCGCUUGAUACAUGAGCUGGUGUCCGGGGACCCAGAGCAGGACCCAAGCUUCAUACCUGCUUUCCUGGCCACCCACCGGGCCUUCGUGCCCACUACCCGAGUGCUGGGCUUCCUGCUGCCCCCACCGCUGCCACCCCCACCUCUCAGGGAAGACAGCAAGACAGAUGGACAAGAUCUGUGCAUCAACAAGAACCUAAGGGCUGUGGUGUCUGUGCUGGGCUCCUGGCUCCGCGACCAUCCUCAGGACUUCCGAGAUCCCCCUGCCCAUCGGGACCUGGGAAGUGUCCGGAUCUUUCUGGGUUGGGCAGCUCCAGGAGGAGUUGAGGCCCAGGAAGCAGAGAAACUUCUGGAAGAGUUCUUGAAGGAGACUAAGCGAGAACAGGAAGAAGAGCAGCAGUCCGUGGCCCGGACAGGGCCUCCCAGGGCAGCCUCCCCGGAGGGCCUCUCUGAAGAGGAGGAAGGGGCCGGCCCAGAAGGUCCAGAGCUCUUGGACUUCAGCGAGGACGAGGUGGCCGAGCAGCUGACCCUCAUCGACGUGGAGCUCUUCUCGCGCGUGCGGGCCUGCGAGUGCCUGGGCUCCGUGUGGUCCCAGCGGGAUCGGCCCGGAGCCGCAGGAGUCUCCCCCACGGUCCGCGCCACAGUGGCCCAGUUCAACAAGGUGACUGGCUGCGUGCUGGGCUCCGUGCUGGGGGCACCGGGCCUGACCGCGCCGCAGCGGGCGCAGCGGAUCGAGAAGUGGAUCCGCAUUGCCCAGCGCUGCCGGGAACUGCGGAACUUCUCUUCCUUGCGGGCCAUCCUGUCCGCCCUGCAGUCGAACCCCAUCUACCGGCUGAAGCGCAGCUGGGGGGCCGUGAGCCGGGAGCCAUUAUCCACUUUCAGAAAACUUUCACAGAUUUUUUCCGACGAGAACAACCACCUCAGUAGCCGAGAGAUUCUUUCCCAGGAAGAAACCACUGAGGUACCCCAAGAGGAUGAAAGCACUCCAAGAAGCCUGCCUUCAAAGCUUCCCCCAGGUCCUGUCCCCUACCUUGGGACCUUCCUCACUGACUUGAUCAUGUUGGACACAGCCCUGCCGGAUAUGUUGAAGGGGGAUCUCAUCAACUUUGAGAAGAGGAGGAAGGAGUGGGAGAUCCUGGCCCAAAUCCAGCAGCUGCAGCGUCGCUGCCGAAGCUAUAGCCUGAGCCCCUGCCCGCCCAUCAUGGCUGCCCUGGAAGCCCAGCGCCAGCUCAGCGAGGAGCAGAGCUACCGAGUCUCCCGGGUCAUUGAGCCACCGGCUGCCUCCUGUCCCAGCUCCCCACGCAUCCGGCGGCGCAUCAGCCUCACCAAGCGUCUCAGUGCGAAGCUGUCUCGAGAGAAAAGCUCGUCCCCUGGUGCCAGUCCUGGGGACCCUGCAUCGCCCCCCUCCAGUCUAUCCCCAGGCUCCCCUCCAUCCAGUCCUAGAACCAAGGACCCUCCCAGCAGCCCCCCAGCCUCUCCAGGGCCUCAGGGCCCCAGCACCAAGCUGCCUCUGAGCCUGGACCCAACAGGCCCCCGGACCCCGGCCUCGACCCUGAGCAGCCCUCGAGUGCCCCUCUCGGGACAGCAGAACUCAGAAGCCCGUGUCAUUCGGGUCAGCAUUGACAAUGACCAUGGGAAUCUAUACCGGAGCAUUUUGCUCACUAGUCAGGACAAAGCACCCAGCGUGGUCCAGCGAGCCCUAGAAAAACACAAUGUGCCCCAAUCUGGGUCUCGUGACUACCAGCUAUUCCAGGUCCUUCCUGGGGACAGAGAGCUCCUGAUUCCGGACAAUGCUAACGUCUUCUAUGCAAUGAGUCCUCAAGCCCCCGGAGACUUCAUGCUACGCAGGAAAGAGGGCCCCCGGCCCACACCCUCGGUCUCCCCAACCUGACCCCCACUAGGCAUCAUGGUUCCUGGCUUCUGUCUCCAUGGAAGUGGGGGGUGCCUCUGUCCCUGAAAAGCCUCCACCUUUUUUGCUUUUCUUUUUGUUUUUGGUUGGUUGUGGGACCUGAACUCAGGGCCUGGAUGCUGUCUCUAAGCU